GGCACUCCCGAAGCCCCUUUGAAUUCAUAUGUUUGCUCCGUCAUGAUCCUCAACAUCGAUGGAUAAGACUCAAGCUUCUGCCGGUGAGUGUUAUUCUGGAGCCCGUUUGCAUUUUUAGAUGUCCACUCGUGCUGUAUUUUCUAUUUCUGACUGAUGUUUGAAACAGUUUUUGUCUUUGUUAUUCACUAGCCUCCACAAGCUUCGCCCGGCUUCAAGUUAGUUAAGCACUUUUCU